AAUCAGGAUCGCGUUUGGAAAGAUGGCGGCUUUCAGGGACCGUGGGUUCUCCGCGAAGGAUGGAAGCGGCGACGUGGCGCGGGUGGACUCGGGUCUCCUGUUGCAUCCAGAGUUGCUCUCGCAGGAGUUCUUACUGCUAACGCUGGAGCAGAAGAAUAUCCCAGUAGAAGAUGAGGUGAAAAUCAGUAAAGAUGGCCUUACUGACUUAUAUAUUCAACAUGUCAUACCAUUGCCUCAGCGUGAUUUGCCUAAAACCAGAUGGGGAAGAGCAGUAGAAAAGAAAAGAGGUCAGCAAGUGUUGAAACAUGGCACCCAAAGCAUUAUGGCAAUGGAAAGUUUAAGAAAAAGGCCCCUCAUUGUGUUUGAUGGUAGUUCAACAAGUACAAGUAUUAAAGUGAGGAAGACUGAGAAUGGAGUUGCUGAUGGUCUAAAAUUCCUUACACCUGAAAGUACCAAUAUCACAUGUAAAAGCUUGGCUGUUCCUUCAAAUUCCAGAUUGUGCAUAUCUGCUCCCACUUUCUCAUAUAAUGAGGCUAAACAGAACAAUAUUGUAAUUAAUAUGUCACCUGGUCAAAAGUUACCAGCUUUAGAGCCUCUUACAGGAACUAAUGUGACAUUAAAGAGAGCUGCUCCAAAAGAAGAAUUGGAUUCCUCAAAGCCUCCUGAAUCAAAAAAGAAGAUCCAGCAUGUAACCUGGCCAUGAACCUACAAGAGUUUGAAAUGUAAAUGAUGCUUAGUCUUCAUUUCAGUGCAGAAGAAUUGUACUAACCAGAGACGCAGAUUGCAGUGGGUAGUUGCUUAGAACUUCACAGUAUGAAGAAAGCACCAUAUGUUCACCAUCAAUCUGAGAAAAUUUAUGUUGCACUUUGAAUUUCCUCUCCAUUUUAGAAGCUCAUUUUGGUAGAACAAAAUUAUUUUACCAGCCUUUCUUCUGCAUUUUUAACUAUAGUCUAUUGAUCAGGUCUUUGCAUGAUUUGAUAGAGAAAAUUUCUAACUGUUCAGUUGUACAACAAUAUAUUUUUUAAACAUAUAUAUUUAAAUAGUAUGGAAGAAUGUUUCCCUAUUCUGCUGAUUUUACUAAGAUAUUUGCACAGAAUGGUUCUGUUGAAAGGCCUAGAAAAAAUAGUUCUCAUUCUUAGGUGCCAAAAUUUUUUUUUAGAAACUGUUUGGGUCCUUUCCAGUUUUCUUUAGAUGAAACUCUGAACUGUGUGCUGGUAUUGCUUCAAAUUGAAGUUUUUGUUAAAAUGGAAGAUCAAAUGGAUUUCUCUUGUCUUUAGAGAUACAUAGGCAGAAGGCCUCCCACCCUCAAGUUUGUGUGUUGAAAAAAAAAACUCUGAAACAGAACUGCAUUUUUUUACAGUAUGUGACCAGAAUUUUAUACUAUACUUGCAUUUUUAAGGAAAACUUAUUUAACUACCAAAUGCCUGACAAAAUUCAGAAGGAAAGUAAUGCUUGCUCUAUUUAUUUAUUUAUGCAACUAGAAAAAAGAUGAACUUAUCAUACAGAGAACAUUCAAUGGAAGUUUGCAGGGAUUAAAGUUCUGUCUGUGAAUAAAUUCUUUGAAACAUUUUUUUUUUUUGUUAUUUGAAGUACAAAGCAUCCCAGAGGUUAAAAAUAUUAGAAUUAUGUUUCUAUACAUGAGUUUUAUGUCAUUAAUGAAAUUGCAUUAGUUAAAGCAGUGGUUCUCAACCUGUGGGUCGGGACCCCAUUUGGGGUCGAACGACCAUUUCAUGGGGGUCGCCAAACCAUGUUGUCCACCAUUUUGUUCCCUUUUCCCUAGCUGUCCUACUCCCUCUUAUUGGUGGCCACGCCCACUUGGGGUCACCACAACAUGGGGAACUGUAUUAUGGGGUCACGGCAUUAGAAAGGUUGAGAACCACUGAGUUAAAGGCUCUGAAGAUGCUGGCAGCAUUUUGGUGAUACAGAUAAUUUAGUUUCAAAACCUGUAAAUUUUAGCAGUUUCUUCACAACACAAAGCAGAAGUAAAGUGAAAUAUAAUUGCUUGUUGUAUUGGGGAAGAAAAAAACAAAUUACAAAACUGAAUACAUUUAAGUUGUGUUGAUAUCACUAAGGUAGAUAAAAUACAUAUCACUUCUGAACAUUUGUGAGAUUUAGUCCACGGUCCUGUAUUCUACUGCUUCACAGUAAAUUUUAUUUAACUUAA